GAGCCUGAGCUGCGGUGUUAAUGAGCGCUAGGCCCCUUGCUCUUGUAUAAAUGUACAGACCGCUCUCUUAACUCUAGUAUUUCGACUUUACUUUAUAUUUUUAGUGGUCUUAGUGUUUAGCCAGUAUGUUCUCAUCGUCUGGACGGGUAAAACUUAACAGAGUUGCCUUAAAAGAUGUCAUUGGGCCAAGACUGGUCCCACGUCGAAGACGCGUCUCUAAGCCGCCGAAUAAUGUUAUUCCCGUCCCGGAAAAAAAGUCGGUUCCUGAACCGCUCCCAGAAAAAGACACCUCCUUGGUCCAGAACAGCGCUGAAACAGUCGGGACUACUUCAACAGACCAAAGGUACCCAGAAAAUGUAACCAACACUGUGGGUAGCAUCCCUGAAGCAGAGCCGGAGGACGAUUGCGUAGGUACGGAAAGGACAAAGAGAGAAAAUACUUUACAAGCAGUUAGACGAAACGACAGUAGGCCCACGGUGUUUGCAGACGAGGGUCGCAUCACCAGAGGCAAGACCCAACAGGAGAGGCCAAACACAAGAAGCAAGGCCAGGCUGAGCAGCUGUAGGAGGCCGUGCGACGUCAGACUGCGGUUUACCUUACUAGAGAUCUACCGCCAGGUGAAGCCGAGGAGUAAAAUCUCCAAAAUAACAAAUAACACUGAGAUGAGUGGUGACAUUAUAUCCCAAAGUAAAACCACCAAGACCCAGAGACCCGCUGAUCUGGGGCCCGGCGCUGGAGAACAGUCUAGUGGAAGUAAAUCCAGACCGCUGUCCAUUAAACGCAAAGCUCAUGAGCCGCAUGUGGACGGACCUCAGGGUAAACCGAAGGCCAAGUCCUCCUCUGGGUGUGACCGUCAGCGGGCAGCAGGGAACACGGCACCAGUGCAAACAGAACCCCCCUCCAUGCCCACUGAACUGUCAAAUACUGAAAGACAUAAACACCCAAGUCCAGCAGGACCCACUGACUCAGAGGGCUCUUCGAGAAGAGUGGUCAGAGCCUCUGGCUGCAGACUCUGUGGGGACUGUAAAUUUAUUUCUCCUCAGUGGAACACACUGGGUAAGCCAAGGCAAAAAAGCAGUGAUCCAGGGCCAGAGCAGCCUAAAGUUGAGUUUAAGCUUGGGGGAAAAAACCAAGACCCCAGUGCCUCCAAGAAAAUUAUCAUAUGGAUAGACCAGUACCCAAAGGUGGCACUUUAUGACAUAGCCCAAAAGUGUGCUGGCAUGAGGGACAGAAAAACUGAUCAGGAUCCCAGGCCAGGACACCCACACACAGGGCCGGGGCUUUGCAUGGAUAAGAGAAUAAAGCUCGGGGAUACUGAUGACAAUGAGAUUUUGCCAUCCUCUCCUGAUUUAGAAAGCAGCAGAAACCAAACGAUGAGCGCUUCUAGACUCAUAGAGAAACCCCACUUUCUGGAGUCUAAUGAGAGCCGGUCUUGUUUAGCACCAAGUGUUGGCAGCAACGGUACUUUUGGCCCAGAGACUAUCCGAAAGAAACCAUGUGGUGAAAUAGAGAGUCCCAUAAAAACUGAAACAGCUGAGAUGUCAGAAGAGCUGCUGUCUCAGAGCGGUGAGAUGGACAUGAAUGAACCGGAGUCAUUCACCUGCCAAAGAGUGAAGCCCUGUCCCAGGACACUACGUUCUUCAUGUGCACGCACAUACAUGUCCUGGCCGUUGUCCAAGAGUAGCUCGACUCUGAAAGCCCAUGCUGGGACUGCGGCUCAGCCUGCAGAGCAUAUUGAUCCUCUUACUAACGAUAACUGUGCCUCUACAGUGAAUCAAAAGCAGCCAGAUUUAUCAAGCAAGAGGACCGAUGAUGUGAUCCCAGAUCUGCCCACAGACUCUUCUACUGGUGACACGAAGCAUCAAAUUAAUCAUCUUAACAAGAAGAAGAGAGAAGAUGGGAGAUGUGUUUUGGUAGAAAGGAUACACAAUGAUGAGUUUGCACCUCGUACAGCCAAGGCUGAAGAAUCACAGGCCAGCCUUUCCUCAGAGAUGGCUACCCUUUCCAGCCCGAGCCAGUGUGGACCAGCGUCGCCCUCAUCUCCAGUUGUCAAUGGAGCUCAAACUGACAGCUCUAUGUCCACUCCUUCCCCCACAGCACUUGGCCUGAGUAACUGGGAGACUCCUGUUUCAUGCCCAUUCUUGCUCAGUGGUUUGAGCAGACUCUCUAGCCCACAGUCGUCUGUCCCAGCUUCAUUGUUCUUAGUGGAUGAAGUCAAAAGUGUUGAGUCGACUGAAGCUCAGUCAGCUGCAUCACCUUUACCCACAUGUCUGGUCAAAUCUUUGGAAAAGCCACUGCCCUACUGUGAAGGGAACCAAGCGACCUCGGACUCCUUAGCUUCAUAUGACUCAUCCUUUCUUCUUAAUCAAGAGGCACCAGAGAAUGAUGAAGAACUUCCCACUGACAGGUGUCCACCAAAACUUGAACCCUUUUAUAAAACAAGCCCCAGCAACCAUAAUCUCGCACCCCCAAAAGGCAGAUCAUUGCACAACAUCCCCUCUGAAGACUGUGUAGAAAAUCACUUAGACAGAUUUCCACUUCCACCUGUGCUCUCUCCUAUUACAUCACCUAUAUGGCAUCCACUGACAAGCUCCACCCCCCAAAGUUCUGGCUCCUCAGAUGAAGAAGAGGAGACAAAAAAUGACAUGGAAAUAAGUGGAGGACCCAUUGAAGGCAACAUGUCAUUAAGAUGUGACAAUCCACAAACUGUUCAAACUGAUGAUCUUGAUUGUGGAAGUAAAGAAACUGAAGGCGCCUCAGAGAAUUCAAAAACACUUACAUCUGUCAGAAGUGGACCACAGUCUUCCUCCUGCAAUGGGGAAAAUGUAGGCAAUGAUGGUGAUGAAGAGGAAAGUCAACAUGAAUCUGAUUAUGAGAUGAACAAAACAUCUGAGCAAAAUCACUCAGACCCAGAAUUACAGCCAACGCUUGGCUCGGAUUCUCCAGCAAAAUCCUUCUCUGCUUCGAGCAGCGAUGAAAAUGAAGGUGGAGCCUUCAGUGAUGAGGAGCAGCUGUGUUCAUCCGGCAAGGAUUCAUCAAGUCUGUUUAAAAAAGCAGGCUAUGAGGAGGAUCAAAUCAAAGCAGAGGACACCCAUCGGGGUGUUUUGGAUGAGUUCACAGCUUAUGAGCAGGAUAUCCUGCUUGUAGAUGUGAUCCAGGACGACCCAGAGCUGUUUGAAAUCUUGCCCCAGAGUGCACUGAAGCUGGGUCCAAGCAGGGUUACUGAGACCCUUAAAAACAGACCCAUAACAAGGGUUAAAACAUCGUUUCCAAGGACAGAUGGAGCAUCGGUUCAUUUAGAUAAAAGAAUAACCCCAGUUACUAUUAAUCUCCACUGUGACAGCCCUGAUAACACAGAUGAAAGCAGCAGAUCAUGGAGACCUCAGUGCAACACCAACCCUGCGUCAAAGCAAAGCAGUGCAUGGACUGCCAAAGAAAAGCAAACCAAAGCCUUGGUUCAUUUUGAUGCCAACAACAAUCAUGUAAAGGAAAGCUUUGAAAGGAUCCAACCCGCCAAGACUAUAACCUCACAGCAAAAUCCCAUCCCUGCUAGGAUAACCACAAAAAAUGGAGUGUGGAAUUCAAACCAAGCUAACAUGGCAGAGCUAAGGCGCCAGCAAACUAAUGUUUACUGCAGACAGUACUUCAGCGAGUCGUUGUCCUGUGGGUACAAGAUGUGCUGGUUCCUGCAUAUACCCGUGGAUGGGGACGAGAAGUUUUGCAUUGAAACUGUGAUACGGUUCACCAAAAAUCCAAUGUGCCUUCAAAAAGCAGGAGCUGUGUUUACAGGCUACUAUGAGAACAACCAUCCAGGAGUUUAUUUUUCCAUGCCCGUGCUUCUGUCUCUCCUCUGGGCUCUUCUCAAAGCUGGUAUGGUGUCUGAGGUCUUCUCAGUCCUGAGCGUCUGCUUGACUCACAAAAUAGUGCCUGGUCAUGAGUUCUUGUUGGGCCUCUUCAACUGUGUGAGAGAAAAGGGUCUCCUCAGUCUAGUGCCUGAACUUAUGCAGCUCACAUUCAAGAUGGCUAAUGCAGGCCUGUUGCUGAGCUUGGACUGCCUGGACAGUGUAAAAAACACUCCUGAGUUCCAGCAAACAAACUCACACGUGUCUGGGACUGGUCCCAACAAGGUAUCUCCCAGUGCACCCUUCCCAGAGUACCUGAAUUUGGCCCAUUCCAUCGUGGAAAUAGAGCUUUGCACCAAACAAGAGGACUGGAGGCGGAUGGGGGAGGUUUUCAGGUCCAUCUGCCAAUCCAGCCAGCGCCCCAACCAAGUGGAGCGAAUCAGCGGUCGCAUAACUAUAGCGCUGCUGUCUGAGAGCAAAGACAAGCUGUCUCUGCCUUUCGCUGCAUUUGCUGAGACUGCAUGCAAGAAUGAAGAGGGAGAAAGCCUGAACAGAAGUUUCUGUGGCAGAAUCGGAAUCUCACUCAUGUUAAGAUACUACAAAACCCAUCAGUGGGCAAAGGGUCGGAGGGUGGUGGAGGUGCUGUCGUGUUCCAAGGUGAACUACACGACUCUGCAAGGAUUGUUUGGGAAUGAGAAUGGAACAUCUCGCUGCUACCUUGUGACCGUGGCGGCUGAGCUCUUCCUGCAGAGCGGCAGCGUAGAGGGCGCUCUAAACACGCUCCGAGAAAACAAAUGGUUUGUGAGCUCGGCUUCAUGGCCCUGUGAGUCUUCUGAUCUGGAGAGCAGGAUUAGGGUGCUGCAGCGUCUGGCUGAAAAAUCCUCUCACAGAGACUCUCUGGAGGUCCUCAGUAAUCUCCCUGGACUCAAAGAACCAAACAACUUGUUGGAUAUCUCCAUGUACACACCCCUCUUUAACACUCAUCUGCAAAUGUGCUUGGAGAGACACACACUUCCUGUGGCGUCGGACACCGUGGACUUCAUGUUCUCUAAAAAUCUGGCAGUAGAUCAGGCCAUGCUGCACAUGCUUCUAAACAAACUGGGCAAGCAGAACCUCUGGCUCCGUGCACGAGACCUCUUCAGACACUCUCUGAGAGUGGGCUACUACCCCGGUGUGUGCGCUCCCCCUGGAUCAAUGUUUCUGGUAGUACCCUGCCGACUCGGAGAGUUGGAGCUGGCUCUCACCCUGGAGAUGUUCAUCACCGUCAAUGCAAACAGUCUCCUCCACCUGCCAGAGAACUCCACUUCUCACCUCAGCAUCACUCUAAAAAGGACUCAAAGCUGUGAGAGCGAGUACCUCAGCGCUAGCAACCGCCUCGCCUCUGCUGCUUGUAUACCCAAUCCCAAACUCGAUGUCCUCUACACAACUGUGAACUCUGCACAGGAGCAAGUUUACACCCUUGACAUUUCCUCCGCUCGAGCCUGGCUCCGCCAGAAUCAUUUAUGGGCCAAUGAGGUGUGGACGCACUGAACGAAGCGCCGAACCGAGCCGCUAACUGCUUCACUUUGCUUUGUAUUGAAACUGCUCAUGUUCCAGAAACCUCUGACUCUGCUGACACAAAUGAAAUCAGGAAAACCAGCGCUUGUGGAUUUCUGUUGGCUGUUUAUUUGUUAAACCAAACAUCACUUUUCAAUUUGAAUAAGAAGCAGAAAAUCCUAAAGACUGCCUCCAGGUCUCUCCUCUAGACUGAUAACUUAUUUUUGUUCUCGUUUGUUUGAUAAUAAGUUUAAGUGUUCCUUGUCAGCUUCCGUAGGACUUCAUUAUGGUUAUUUGUCUUUAAUUGAUGUCGCUCAGGGUUUAUGUGAUUUAGAAUCUGAAAAACAUUUUUUGUUGAGGGUCAAAGGUUAGCAUGUUUGGUUCAUAACACAUGUAAAUACCAUCUGAGUGUACAUAGGUCAUAUUUAAAGGGGUGUGUAGUCUUUGACAGUGUUAUGUUGCUGUAUUGUAUGAGACUGUCAGAGCCUCAAUUGUUGCUUGUUCUAGAGCUGCCAUUUAUAUUUCCUUUGUAUGAAGUUUUAUAUUUAAAAAAACAGAAGUUUUUCUGCUCCAAAAUA